AAUCGCCAUCCCCGUCGGCGAGCGAGCUAUCGAUCCAUGGAGUUCUUCAACCAGGCCAAGGCGGUGCGGCUCCGGAGCUUCCACGGCAAGUACCUGGUGGCCAACGAGGACGAGGAGACGGUCCGCCAGAGCAAGAACGGGUCCUACCGCCGGGCCCAGUGGGCCGUCGAGUACGUCGCCGGCAACAGCCACGUCGUCCGCCUCCGGAGCUGCUACGGCAAGUACCUCGCCGCCUCGGAGGAGCCUUACCUCUUCAGCAUUUCAGGCAAGAAAGUGGUGCAAUCAAGUCCCCAAUCCAAGAACGACAAGUCCGUCGAGUGGGAGCCGCGAAAGGACGGGGACUACGUGAAGCUAAGGGCAAAGGGCGGGAUGUACCUACGCGGGAACGGGAGCAUGCCGCCCUGGCGGAGCUCGGUCACGCACGACAUCCCCCACCGGACCGCCACGCAGGAGUGGGUGUUGUGGGGCGUCGACAUGGUCGACCUUGUGGUGGACCAUGAAGCGGCCGACUUGGCCCGCGGCCACCUGUUGUCCUAUCCAAGCUCGGUGUCGGAAACAUUGGAGGAUUACUCGGCCGACAAUCACGAGGACCCGGGGUCGAGGAGCGGGUCGGGCAUGGAAAUGUUGGUCUCGACUCAGCCAUUGCCUGGCUCUAAGUGUGUGGGGAUAUUGUCGUCUCAUCCAAGCUGCGUGUCGGAAAGCUUGGAGGAUUACUCGGUGGACGAUCACGAGGACCGGGGGUUGAGGAGCGGGUCGGGCAUGGAAAUGGUGGUCUCGACUCAGCCAUCGCCUAGCCCUAAGGGCGGCAUGGAAUUCUUCGCCAAGGCGAAAUCCGUCCGCCUCCUCGGCCACCAUGACAAGUACCUGCUGGCGGACGACGACGAGGAAUCCGUGUGCCAGGACCGCAGUGGCUCCAUCAGGCAGGCCAAGUGGACCGUGGAGCUCGUGGAAGGGGCCGGUGUCGUGCGCCUGAAGAGCUGCUAUGGCAGGUACCUUACGGCGUCCAACGUGCCCUUCCUCCUGGGGAUGACAGGCAAGAAGGUCUUGCAGACGCUCCCUGCCAGGAGAAUGGAUUCGUCCCUGGAAUGGGAGCCCAUCAGGGAUGGGGUCCAGGUCCGGCUCAAGACGCGAUACGGCAAUUUCCUGCGUGCAAACGGGGGCUUGCCGCCCUGGAGGAACUCGGUCACGCACGACAUACCGCACCGGUCCGCAACCCAAAAUUGGAUUCUGUGGGAUGUCGAUGUUGUGGAGAUCAGGGAACAGCCGACUACUCCAUUGCCAGAGGUAAAAUAUGAUAAAGCUUCCGAACCGUCUCUUCCAGAACUGGACUCUCCUUCCUCGAUUGAGCUCCGCUCACCGAAAUCAUCGGAAUUAGAGGAUGACGAUUUCUUUGGUGGUGCGGUGAAAGCUGAAGGUAGGAUGAUCUACUACAGAGUGGCCAAUGAAGACGGGAACACUGAGGAUGAGAAUGAAGAGCUUUCGUUCACGUUCAAGGGAAGUAGAUUGGAGGAGCUGGUGCAGAAACUAGAGGAAGAGACAGGGCUUGAGGAUAUCAUGGUCUGCUCUCAGUGGAACAAGAAGCUCUAUCCCCUCCGGCUGCAGCUUCCUCCCAAUAAUGCACCGAUGCACGUCGUGGUGGUUCCAUCAUCAUCAAAAGUGGCGAGAGAUAUUGAGGUUCCAGGGAGUCUCAGUUCAAGGUAACCAGGGUGAUCAGCCUCUUCAGGGAUAAACUGCAGAAACUCCAUGUACUUUCUGCUUCUCUGGCGUGUAUGAGAUUCAGAGAGAGAGAGAGAGAGAGAGAGAGGCUUCACGUUUGGGUUGGUGGUAUGUAUUUGACAAAGGUUGGAUUUAAGGAAAGAUCGUUUUGCUGUCCAAGGUUCUCAGUGACUUUGCUCUCAGCAAAACUUCCAUGUAAGUAUCCAGGACUUUGAAAAACGGCUGACUGUUUUUCAUGCAA